AUGAUGGAGAACUUCUGUAAUGGAACAAGUCAGGGAUUGCAACUUCAGCUCGACCUACUGAUCAGAUCGCGGGUCUCAGGACCAACAACCAACCGCACGAGCCCCUCUGAGUCCCAGACGGAAUCUAGGGCCUUCUUCGAGUUCCAAUUAACAAGACAAGUGGCCAGAACCGUUCCUGAGGGAGGAUAUGUCUUGGUCCUCACCAGGAGCGGGUCCACCGCACAGAAAAGUGCCGAGGGGGCUAGCCAACCACCGACCGGAGAAACGACCAAACCAUGUGCUAUCGAAGAAUCAAGUUGA